GACUUCCAAAUGUGGUUGCAUUCAUGUAAUGCUCCGAUUCGAGUUGGUACGAUGACUCUUGAGCCCGACGUCUUGCCAAGAGCCAAUCUUGGUUGCAAACCAGUGUUUCAAGAGAUUCAGCGUUAAGACAACUUCGGUAGUCGGUUAGAAUGUUGCCGCCAGCACUGAAUUCUCGUUCAACUGCUACGGUUGAUACUGGGACGGACAACACUUGUCUUGCUAGCAUGCUGAGACAUGGGAACAUGUGUUCGUUCCGCUUCCACCAUCCGAGCACGUCAAAAUCGACAUCUUCGUCAUCCCAACAAAUCAACGCUACUUCCGCUCAGGUGCAGGCCACAAACGAGGGAGCCAGCAUCCCUGUGGCUGCUACCAUACCGGUCAUUUCAGCCCCGGUGUUGCCUCUAGGUCUGAGCUCUGUCCCGAAGGCCAGCGUGAUCAGUCCCUUCGUGACCCCCGUCCCUUCCGCUGGACCGAGGGUAACGUUCCCACCAAGCAUGACUCAGUUCAUGAAUGACCCAGCCAACCUACAAGCCAUUCAGGGCUUUGGCCAGGUCAUGGCUAUGUGCCAGCAGAACGGGGGGAUGCCUUUCCUCCCUGGUAUGUUCCCAUUCGCCCUUCCAGGCGCGGGGACCAUGCCCCUACAAGCUCCGAUGGCGGUGACGUCGUUCCAGACGCCGAUGCCGCAACCAUCACCUUUCCAGCCCCAGCUGGUCAGCACCGUGGCCCCGGUCAACUUGGCCGGUGCACUUAAUGCUGCAGGGCCCCGCAAGCUACGGAUCCAUAGGUCACUCCUGAUGGUCAUUGCGUCUCGAUUGAGAGCGAUGAUGGCGAGUGGGACAUCCCGAGGGCCCACAAGAAGAAGAAAGGAAAAAACAUCCGGCCAGCGACCUCCCGAAACUCCGCCUUCGAAAGGCUGGGGGAUAGGGAGGAAGGCCAGAGGAAGUCAGCCAAGCAGAGGCUGGGGCAGAGUGUUGCCCAUGUCAGCGCGUUCGCCCGGCUAGGCGAGGUGCGGGAGGCCGAGCCUGCCCGCACCCGGCGCUCCCGGUCUAACCGG